AUGACCAUCAUCCGAUUUGGCGACGAGCUUUGGCUUGGGCGCGCCGAGCCGAGACCGGGAGGAAACGACUUCCUGAUUGGUCGCCGCAAUUUCCGCGCCGUCGCUGUUUCCGCCCGCGGCAAGGCACUGCUGCUGGUGCUGGGAGGUCGCAGAGGGGAGCGCUAUCAGAAUGAUGUGUGGCGCAGUCUCGAUGACGGCCUCCGCUGGGAGGAGGUCUCGGCCCACGAGGAUGGCCGAUGGGAAGAGGGCGGCGUCGCUGUUCGCCGAAAGUGGUGCGGCAGGGAAGCCUUCGGGGCGGCCGCCGGAUGUGUGGCAGGCACGACGCAGGGCUUGGUCUACGUCGCCUGCGGCCUCGGAGCAGCGCGCCCGAUGGAAGAUGUUUGGGUCUCGGAGGACUUUGGCCGCAGCUUCGUGCGCACUUGCCAGGCCGGCCCCUUCGGCCGGCGUGCGAGUCCCGGGCUAGCUGUCAGCCCAGGGCGGCCGCAGCAGGUCGUGUUGGUCGGGGGAGGCUGGAACUCAAAUCCCGAGUUCUGGGACUGCUGGAUCUCGUCGAACGUGGGCGAGACUUGGACAGAAGUUCCAACGCCAGCAAACGAGCUCCCACGGCGGCAGGUGGUGGUCGCGUUUCUGUCUUCCAGGCUGCUGGUUCUGGGAGGGCACAACCGGCGCGAGCCCGUCGUUGAUGCCCACCUUGCCACCGUCGACUGGAUGGCCGGGACUGCGGUUUGGCAGUCCGUGGCGUACAAGCAAGGCUCCUCAGAGGAGGUGAUCGACGAGUGGCUGCCUGGUGAGAUGCCCUGCUUUCUGAGCCACUGCUCUGUGGUUGAUGCCCAUCAGGGAAGAGUUUUCGGCCUCACGACCGGGGUGAACUACACGCUGGGAGCACUCGAGCUGUCCAAGAUGGGCGACACGGACCGCCCCAGCCUCCGACUCUCAACUGGGCCGUUGCAGAGCCUUCUCCCGCGCGUCAGCCCCUCCGAAUCGGUGGUGUCCCCCAGCGCCUCGGGCACCGGACCUCUGCAGCAGCGGCUUCACGUCCUGCUCCCCGAUGCCAGGCGGCUCUAUCUCCUCGAAGGUGAUGCUGGCUGGCUCCUGGCUACGUGCAGCGAGCAGCAGCGCAGCCGCCAGGAGAGCUUGCUCAGGCCACAGGCUUGGUGGAGGCUGCCCAUGGAGCUCUGGGCCAAAGUGCUCCUCUUCCUGCCUUUUGGGAAGUUGCGGCAGAAGGAGAAGGAGGUCGAGGAAGUUCGCAACAGAGUCAUGUCCACCAGAGAGCGCUACCACGCCCUCGUGGAGGAGGCUGGCGGCAGGGCCGCUGUGGAGGAUCUCGGCUUCAACGUCCGCUACGGAAGCCCUCGGCCACUUCACAGGCCCUGCAACUCGCCUCCCAGGCGGCCGCUCUCUGGACCGGCUCCAGGCAAGCCUGAGACCAAAAAUGCAGGGGAAGGCCGUGCCGACAUCGCCAAGAACGUUGCAGAAGGCAAGCCGGAUGCCAAAGCUGCAGAAGGUCGGCCUGAUGUAUCGAAGGGCAUCGAAGAAGGCUUCUCUCCUCAGUUCAUGACUGCUCAUGUCGUUCGUCUGAAGCUAGACCUGAGCCCUGCCAGAUCAAGCACCACGGUCUUCUAA